CGCCGGGAGCUUGGUUGGCUUCGAUUACCUGUGAGAGCGUGGAGGGUAAACCGAACCAGCACUGUCAGCGAGAUGCUGGGAUUCCGCCGUAGUUGAGUUUUACAACUCCGAAUCCGGUUUGAACGUAAAAGGCUGGUCCUGACUAGUUGGUGAAAAACAGCCCAGGUUUUCUGUAGGGCGGUGAAGAGCAGGGCGUGACCUCCCAGACCUGCUUCGUUGCGAUCUGGGGACUCGUUGGGAAGACGCAUUAUGGAGGUUGAGGGCCCCGACUCCGCGGACGAAUCGGGAAACCCCUUUUAUGCACCGAAGCAGGAAAGCCCCUGUUAACCUUUGCUCCAUGUUCCUCCUGUGUGCAAAUGCGGGUCCCGCCGUCCUCCACGCUAAGACCCUGCUCCUCCGAGUAGCCGCCCCCCCUCCCCCCGGGACCACCUGGCUUUUUGCUCUAGAGAAGCUACUUAGGUCGAGCCAGUCUGGGGUCUACCACCGAGUCCAAUGGCCGAGAGCAAGUUGCUUGUUUUCCAAAUUUGUGAAAGGAAGCCGAUGGUCCUUCCAGAACGAGUGAAUGGGUGCAACCGUGCUUGACAUUGGCAAUUGUUAGGAAAUGAGUUGCAGAUGGGUGCCUGCCUCCUCACACGCGGCGCCGUUAAGUGUUAGAAAAGGAGACGCAGGAGAGAGAGGAGGCAGAGUACUAACUUACGGCCAGACCGAGUUUAUUCAGAGAAAAUAAAUUCGUAGAUGUGGGUGACCAGCUGCCAGCGUGCACGUGGUGGAAAACGUGACAGAAGGCCCGGACCCCCAGGGGCCAGGCCUUUUCCUAUUUUAGGAGGGCUAGGGGUUGGGGGAGGAGGAGGGGAAUUCCUGAAACUGGUCUUUCAAGUGUUCCAGCAACUGGUCUUUCAGGUGGCCUAGGCGGGUGGGGUAUGAAGGCUAUAGGGUGUGAGACCCAAUUGAGAUCCAAGGGCAUGGAAUGCGUUCCAAUGUUUGUUUUUUGUGCAAGGAGUGAGAAUGGCUGAGGCUUAGUCUUUGUUCCAUCAGUAAUAAAAUGUUAGCCGCUACUAGUGUAUAUAUUCGUAUUAUAAUUUUGACAUUGUACUAAGGUGUGAGGCAGAUGAAAAAUGGUAAAAAUAGUAGAAACUGGGGGAAAGAGACUAGUACCCACUGACAAGCAGUUGAAUGGCACAGGUGAACUACAUGAUUACUUUGCUAAUCAGAGGGAAGUCUGGGCAUCUGGUCUGUGGCAUCACCAGGAGCUUGUUAGGAAUGCAGACUCUCAGACCCACCAGGUUUACGGAAGCAGGAUCUUUGAAACAAGGUUAGUCAGGGGGUCCCAGUGACCCUGGGAGUGUGGAAGGAGGACUUGACCUUCUGCCCGCCCAUCCUGGCUCACCUGCUGGUGGCCCCUCAUUUCUGUUGGGUACCUCUUUGGAACUGCUUGCAGUUGUGGCAGAAAGGAACAUAGUCGCCAGUAGCAUGGCUGUGGAUGUCACAGUCAACUCAGGUGCUUCCCGGCUUCACACGUGCCUGCCUUUGUGUAAUGCCCCCCAGCAUACGGUUUCCCAGUCCACUAUCCCAGUCUAGCCUCCCCACACAGUGACUCUCCUCUGGAGUGUUUCUCUGUCCACUUGCCGUCACAUUAUGAUACGGGUUCUGUCAACUGGUCUUUGCUUUGGAAAGGUUAUCUUCAUUCCUGCACACUCGUUUCUCUUCAUGAAGAAGUGUGCAGUCUUGUUGCUUAUGAAGAACCUUUCCUGUAGCCUUGAUUUCAAACACCCCAUGCUCUCGGAGCCUGUUCAGUUUAUACACACUCCCUUUGUCGCUUAAUUGACUUAACCACUUAGACUUAGGCUUCUGCCUGUCGCUCUUUCCAAGUUAGUUCCUAAAUGGCCAAUUCACCAAAGCAGUGACUUCCUCAACUUCCCUGAAACAUUUAAUACCAUUGUUUCCCGCCUCUUCUUAGAAGUUAAUCACCUUCUUGGUUUUCACACGUUGCAUCUUUUGGCAGACCUUGCUUCUUACACUCUGUUCUCUUGCAUUUGGUUCUUCCCAAGCAUUAGUUCCUUUUUUUUUAAGUUCCUUUUUUUUCCAAUAAAAUGUGCAGUUAUUUAAUACUUCUAAGUGCCAUCAGAGCUUUACCACAAGUGCCAUCAGAGCUUUACCACAACUUUAGUAUUUUGGUUUGACAUUUUUAAACACAAAGUUAUUUAAAAUUUUUGUUUAUCAGUUUGUUUAUUAAUAUAUUCAAGCAGUUCCUGUGCCCAUCAUUAUUCCUUUGAUUCAUUGUGGUCAAAGUUAUUUAACAUUAAUAGUCUUUGGGUUGUCUUUUUAUGUCUGAAAAAAUUGGUAUUAGUUUGCUAGGGCUUCCAACACAAGGUCCUACAUGCUGAGUGGCUUAAACAGUCCAUGUAUUUUCUUAAAAUUCUAGAGUCUGGAAGACUGAGCUCAAGGUGUCACAGGGUUGAUUUCUUCUGAGGCCUCCUCCUUGGCUUGUAGACGGUCUGUCUGCCAUUUUGACACCAUUCUGUGUCCAAAUUUCCUCCUCUUCUAAGGACAUCAUUCCUAUUGGAUUAGGGCUGACCCCAGUGAUCUCAUGUUGAUUACCUCCUCAAGGAUCAUAUCUCCCAAUAUAGUCACACUCUGAGGUACUGGGAGUUAGGACUUCAGCCUAUGAGCGGGGAGUGAGAUUGGGAAACACAGUGUAGCUCAUAAUUUUUUUAGAGUUUUAUUUAUUUAAAAGGCACUUGACGGGGAGGGGAAAGGGAAGGGAGAGGUCUUCCAUCUGUUGAUUUACUCUCCAGAUGCCUACAACACCUGGGGCUGGGCUAAUGCCAGGAGCCUGGAAGUCCAUCCUGGUCUCCUAUGGGAGUGGUCGAGAUCCAAGUACUUGACCUGCUGCCUGCCAGGGUGUGCAUUAGGAAGAAGCUGAAUCAGAAUCAGUAGUUAGGACUGGAACCAGACGCUCCAAUGUGGAAUGCAGGCAUCCCAAGUGGUGACUUAUCACACACUUAAACACCCGUCCAAUUCUGAUUUAGUUGGCCUGGGAUGUGGCUAGAACAUUGAGUGUGUCAUAAGCUCCUCAGGUGAUUCCAGUGUGCUAAUGAGAGACCCAUGAAUGCCAAUUUCAUUAGACUUAUGCCUGUUUUAAAAAAGUUUUGCUAAAUGUGAAAUAUAUUUGCAGAAAAACGUGUGAAAUAUAAAUGUUCUGCCUUAGUAAAUAAAAGUCACUCUUGUGACUACCACACAGGUCAAGAAAUGGAAUACUGCCAGUAUCCCAGAAUUCCUUCAAUGCUCCUUCCCUCAUUCUUAAACUCAGAAGAAAAGUUUCCAUGUUGAUAGUAAUUGUGGCGCUCACUAGAGGAGAGACUGAAGUUAGUUGUAAGCUUUGACUUUGGCUGUGGCAUCUCAGUCUCACUCUGCACCACACCACAUCCAUCCUUAAGGUCAAAAAAAUUUUUUUUUUUUUUUUUGCCAGGCAGAAUUAGAGACAGAAAGGUCUUCCUUUUCCAUUGGUUCACCCCCCCAAAUGGGCUGCUAUGGUCGGCGUGCUGCGGCUGGUGCACUGAUCCGAAGCCAGGAGCCAGGUGCUUCUCCUGGUCUCCCAAGCGGGUGCAGGGCCCAAGUGCUUGGGCCAUCCUCCACUGCCUUCCCGGGCCACAGCAGAGAGCUGGACUGGAAGAAGAGCAACCAGGACUAGAACCUGGUGUGCUGGCGCCGCAGGCGGAGGAUUAGCCAAGUGAGCUGCAGUGCUGGCCAAGGUCAAAAUUAAAAAAAAAGUUUAUUCUACUUUAUUUGAAAGGCAGAGCCACAGAGAGAGGGAGAGACAGAGAGAAGUCUUCCAUCCACUAGAUCACUCUCCAAAUGGCCACAGUGGCCAGGGUUGAGCCAGGCUGAGGCCAGGAGUUUCUUCCAGGUCUCCAACAUGGGUGCAGAUGCCCAAAACUUGGACCAUUUUCUGUUGCUUUCCCAGGUGCAUAGCAGGGAGCUGGAUCAGAAGUGGAGCAGAGACUUGAUCUAGUGCCCAUAUGGAAUGCCAGCACUGCAGGCAGCAGCUUAACCUUCCAUACCACAGUGCCAGCCCCCAAGGGCAUAUUUUCGGAAGCACAUACUUUGCUCUUCUGCCUCUGCUUCCCUGCAUCCUAUGUAACUGCUGGUUCGAGUCCCAGCUGCUCCACUUCCAAUCCAGCUCUCUGCUAUGGCCUGAGAAAGCAGAAGACCACCCAAGUGCUUAGGCCCCUGCACCCAUGUGGGAGACCUGGAAGAAGCUCCUGGCUUCAGAUCGGCACAGCUCUAGCCAUUGCUUUCAUCUGGGGAGUGACCGGUGGAUGGAAGACCUCUUUGUCUCUUCGCUUCUGCCUCUCUCAAGCUCUGCUUUUGAAAUAAAAUAGAUCUUUUUAAAAAAAUGUUACUUGUACUUAAAAUUCCAUCUCCCAAGCUAUUCCUCUGUGAAAUUUUUCCAGUUUGUCCCAGAGUACUUUUUCAUUCUUUCAGUGUCUAAAACCUUUUGAGCCCUUGUUAUGUCUUUGAUCAUUCGCACUUGCUGUAUAACAAGCAUCUAUUUAUUGCUUGCCUUUCGUGUGCCAACCACUGGGCUGGGUGUUGGGCUUGGGGAGGUGGAGAGGUCAGUGGGAAGGGGCAUUCAGAUUCGUGUAAGGUGGAGAAGUUACCAUUAGAGUGCAGUCGUUUCCUGCCUUGGGUGCAUGUUGGAAUCACCUGGGGAGGCUUUAGUAAGUUCAUCACCUGGUUCCCGGGCCACCUAAUUCUAAUUCAGUUGCUCUGAGAUUUGGCCAGAAUAUUGGGAGUAUUUUAAACUCCUCAGGUGAUCCUGAUAUGCAUCCAAUGUUAAGAGCCUCUGUGUUAAUGGAACAGACAGACAAUAAAUGGCUGGUUUCAUUGUGUGUUAUGCUGGAAGAAUAAAUAAAGUAUAUGAGGAGUUCAGGAGCUAUUUUUUAAAGAGAUUUUAUUUGAGAGGUAGAGUUAGACAGAGGCAGAGAGGUCUUCCUUCCAUUGGUUCACUCCCCAAAUGGCUGCAAUGGCCGGAGCUGCGCCGAUCAGGAGCCAGGAGCAUCUUCCAGCCUAGGAGCUAUUUUUAAAAGUAGCCAGGAGCUGCUUUAAUUUCACAACUGGAUUUUAAGCCUCUGGGCCCAGGCCUUUGUCAUUUUGAGGUCCCCUUACCCUAUAUGUAGUUGGGUGGGCUGUCAGAGCCGAUGCUGUGGCACAUCAAAUUAAGCCUCUGCCUGGGAUACUGGCAUCCCAUAGAUGUUGCGGUUGAUUUGUUCUGAGAGGAGCGUGGUGGGGGCAAGAGGCACGGAGUCACCACACAGACCCACACAGACCCCGGGGAGUCCGGUGAAAGCGGGCCAGAGGCGAGCAGCCCACAGACUCAUUUAUUUCAGUUGUACAGCGACUUAAAUAGCCAAGGCAGCCAAUCCAGUCAAGGGGCAGUUUAUGCCCUAACCAAUCACAGCCUGUUGCCAGGCAGGCUCUGUUUGCCAUGUGGUUUCCAAAACCAUCCAAUCACAGCCUGUUGUCAGGCAGGCUCCGUUGCCAGGCAGGAUCCAUUGCCAGGUGGGUUUCAAAGCCAUUCUUGAGUAACUGAUGCUCACUUGCCAGUGGCCAUCUUGGCAUGGCCUUCUCAUUCCACCACAUUUCCCCCUUUUUGUUUAUUUUUGAGCAACGGGAGGCAUGAUUCUUGGCCAUACCAUUGUUGACCCCAUUUCCAUGUGGUCUCCAUAGGCGGCUAUGCCUGUCUUAGGUUGUCCCCCAGGGGAUCUUACCCGUUGUUGACUAACCAGCGCUCAAAACGAGAGACCACAGGAGUGCUUGCUCAGAUAGGGGUAGGAAUGAGGGACAGUGGUAAUCAGGAAUGGCGUGACUACACACAGGCUGUGGGCCGUUUGAGUGGCUGACCAGAGCUAGUAGGGUAUAAAACAGUAAUGGAUGUGGCUAUGUGCAGUUUGUCAGGGUAGGAUGAUAGGACAGGUGCGUCUGCUAACAAGGCGGACUCUCAGUCUUGUUCAGCUGGUUCUGGUUGGCUGUCAGUUGCAGGCCUGAUGUUUCUGGCUGGUACCCAAAUGGGCUGUCCCGCAUUCUCUGGAAAGACACAAGCAUAUCCUCGACCCUUGGUUAGCAGAGGGUGAGGUCCAUUCCAUUCUCCUGUCAUGGGGUCUUUCCACCUAACCAUAGAGGCUGCGGUCUGGGAUGGAAAGGAUCCCAAGUGUUUUAUAAGCUGGGCUGAUCCCUUGGGAAUCAAAAGAAAGAAAAUUGAUAGUGAAAAGGACCUCAGUCAAAGCAAGCUGUGGGUCUGGGGGCAUAUGAUUGUUUUUCUGUCUUUGUAAGAGAUCUUUAAUCGUCCUAUGUGUUCUUUCAAUGAUUGCCUGUCCCUGUGGGUUGUAUGGGAUACCUGUGGCAGACUGUAUGUUUCAGAAUUUCAGGAAAGAAUUAAAUUCCUGUGAUGUAUAUGCUGGCCAGUUAUCAGUCUCUAUGGUCCAGGGGACACCAAGGACCAACAUGGCUGACUUAACCGCCUUUAUCACAUUACUAGCCUUUUCUCUGGAUUGGGCUUGCCGCUGGCAAGCGAGCAUCAGUUACUCAGGAAUGGCUUUCUCAUUCCACCACACAUAAGGGCACUGGUUCAAGUCCCAGCUGCUUCACUUCCAAUCCAGCUCUCUGCUGAUGCACCUGGGAAAGCAGUGGAAGAGGGCCCAAGUGAUAGGAGAACUGGAUUGAGUUCAAGGCUCCUGGUUUUGACUUGGCCCAGUCCUGGCCAUUGUGGCCAUUUGAGGACUCAACCAGUGGAUGAAGAUCUUUUUAUCCCCCUCGCUCUGUAACUCUUUCAAAUAAAUAAAUAUUUUUUAAAAAACAGAGAUGUUUGUACUGUCCCAAUUCAGUCGUCACUAGCCACAUGUGGCUCCUGGCAGCCAUGCUAGACAGUAUUGAAGAGAGAACAUAGUGUUUAAAUUAUUCACUACACAACACACAGGCUCAGAUGGGCCAGGUUAUUUUUUUCCUCAGUGAUUUUGGAGUUUUUCAUUUGAAUAUUUUAUAUUUUUAUUCAAGAGGUGGAAAGACAGAGCUCUUACCUGCUGAUUGACUCCCUGAAUCACCACAGUGGCCAGGACCAGGCCGGACUGGGCUGGGCCAAAGCUGGCAGUUAGGAACUCAGGCUAGGUAUCUCACGUGGUUGGUAGGAACUGAACCACUUGAUCUAUCCCCUGCUGCCUUCUAGGGUCUGCAUUAGCAGGAAGCUAAAAUCAGGAACUAGAACCAGGAAUGGAACCUAAGUACACAGGUAUCUUAGGUGCUAGGCCAAAUGUCUGCCCCCUUAUUUUAAUCUUAAUUUCAUACCUUUCUUACUAAUCAUUUUUUUUAAAAAAAAAAGGGGGGGGGGAGUGGUUAAAUACCUGUUUUUUUUUUUAAGCAGUCAUACAAUUCACCCAGUUUGCAAUUCAGUGGUUUUUAACUUACUGACAUAUUCCGAACAGUUUUCAUUACCUCAAAAAGAAACCCAAUACUCUUUAUCUGUAAUCCUUCUAUUCCUUCUUACCACCAGCCUUAAGGUACUCAGUGGUCUACCUUCUGUCUGUGCCUGUUUUGGACCUUUCAUAUAAACAACCAUAUGUGGUCUUUCAUGACUGGUUUCUUCAACAUGGUGUGUUUUCAAGGUUCAUCUUUGUUGUAGCGUAGCAUCACUACUUCAUUCCUUUUAUGGUGAAUCUGUUGUGUGGUUUUCACACAUUCUGUUUAUUCAUCAGUUGUUGGAGAUUUGUGUUAUUCACACCUUUUGGCUAUUUUGAAAAAUUCAUGUACAAGUUUUUGUGUGAAUAUAUAUUUUCAUUUUUUUCCCAGUUAUAUACGUAGGAAUUGUGGGACAAUGUGGAAAACACCUAUUUUCCUACUAAAAAUUUUUUUGUGAUAUACAUAUAUAUUUAAUUUCAUUUUAUUUGAAAGGCAGAGAAACAGAUCUUCCAUCUACUGGUUCACUCCCUAUAUGGCCACAACGGCUGGGUUCUGGGCAAGCCAAAGCCACGAGCUUGUUACUCAAUCCAGAUCUCUCUUGUGGGGGAGGUGGUGAUCCAAGCACCUGAGCCAUCACCUGCUGUUUCCCGGGGUGCCCAUUAGCAGGAAGCUGGGUUGGAAGUAAAGAAGCCUAGACUUGAACCAGGCACUUCGGUAUGGCCUCCCAAGUGGCUACAUAGCUGCUGCAUAAAAUGCCUGCCCCAUGUUUUUGUUUUUAUAUGUGAAUACCAUUUUGCUACUUUCAAAACCUUAUUUUGAAAACAUUUCUUUAUUUGAAAGGCACGGUGACAAAGUGAUACCUUCCAUCUGUUUACUCCCUGAAUAGCCACAACAGCCAGGGCUGGACCAAGUUGAAGCCAGGAAUUCCAUUCGGGUCUUCCACAUGGGUGGCAGCCUUAUACAGGAUGCUGUGUUCCUUACUCCUUUGUGAAUGUCUCUUGCUGGUAACUGGUUAUGCUCAUGAUGAUGAGUGGAUUGACCCCACAGACAUGCUUAACUAUGAUGCUGCUUCAGGAACAAUGAGAAAAUCUCAGGUGAAUUAUGGUAUAUCCCCGAAAAAGGAUGCCAGUCCUGACUCAUCAGAUGCUGAUGAAAUGGCAGAAUGUUACCGCAGACUUGAUUCUUUAACGCAUAAGAUUGAUGAAUGUGAAAAGAAAAAGAAGGAAGACUAUGAAAGUCAAAGCAAUCCUGUUUUUAGGAGAUACUUAAAUAAGAUUUUAAUUGAAGCUGGAAAACUUGGGCUUCCUGAUGAGAACAAAGGAGACAUGCAUUAUGAUGCCCAGAUUAUCCUUAAAAGACAAACCUUGUUAGAAAUACAGAAGUUUCUCGGUGGAGAGGACUGGAAACCAGGAGCCUUGGAUGAUGCCCUAAGUGAUAUUUUAAUUAAAUUUAAGCUUCAUGAUUUUGAAGCAUGGAAGUGGCGAUUUGAAGAUUUCUUUGGAGUGGACCCAUACAAUGUGUUAAUGGUGCUUCUGUGCCUGCUCUGUGUCGUGAUGUUGGUAGCUACCGAGCUGUGGACGUACGUCCGUUGGUACACACAGUUGAGACGUCUUCUGUUCAUCAGUUUUCUCUUCAGCUUGGGAUGGAAUUGGAUAUAUUUAUAUAAGCUUGCUUUUGCGCAGCAUCAGGCCGAAGUUGCCAAGCUGGAGCCAUUUAACGAUGUGUGUGCUGAGAAGAUGGAUUGGACGGGAAGUCUCUGGGAAUGGUUUAGAAGUUCAUGGACCUACAAGGAUGACUCCUGCCAAAAAUACUAUGAGCUGUUACUAGUCAACCCUAUUUGGUUGGUUCCACCAACAAAGGCACUGGCAGUUACAUUCACCAAUUUUGUCACGGAGCCAUUAAAGCACAUUGGAAAAGGAACUGGUGAAUUUAUUAAAGCGCUUAUGAAAGAGAUCCCAGUGUUACUUCAGAUUCCAGUGCUGAUAAUUAUGGCGUUAGCUGUACUGAGUUUCUGCUAUGGUGCUGGAAAAUCAGUGAACGUGCUGAGACACCUGGGUGGCCCGGAGAGCGACCCUCCCCUGGCGCUGGAGCCAGGCGCCAGACGACCGCGGAAGGAGAUUGAUUACAGACCCCGUGGUGGAGCAGGUGAUGCAAGUUUCUAUGCUAGGGGCCAAACUGGCCGCCUUGAGCAAGGCCCUUAUGACAGAACGUAUGAGGGUAGAAGAGAUGUCCCGAGAGAGAGAGAUGUCGACUCGAGAUUGCAGACUGGCAACAAGAGCCCGGAACUGCUCCAGGCGUUUGACAUUCCAGACGCAGAGGCGGGAGAGCAGCCCAAGGUGGUGCGCAGCCAUAACUCACCUAUUUUGGAUGCAAAGCCCAAAGAGACUGGUGGAGUCCCAGGAGAAAGCACGCUGGCGGAAAGCAGCAAGUCUGCUAAGCCUGUCUCUGGCCAGGCGAGAGCAGGGAAUACGGACGGUUCACCUGCAGUGGUAAAGGCCGAGCUCAAGGCCGAAGCCAGCCCACCGGAAGGCGUGGUCGACAGCGUGGCCGGCUCUGCAGCUGGAGCGUGUGGCAAGGAGACGGCCAGCAGUCCGUGUGGCUAGGGCAGCACGGCGACAGCGCUGGAGACUUCUUUGGGUUUUGUAUUCUUUAAACAACUUCUAUUCACUUUAUUUACUAUAAAGGUGCCAACUCAAUAUUUUAACUACAGUCAAUUAACAAAUGUAUGUAUAUAAAAGCUUCUGUUUCUUCUCUUGAGCUAAAAUACACUCUAAAAUUUUGAAGUGUUUGUUUUAGGACAGGCACUCACUGAAUUUACAUUUUAAGUUGAACAUAUGGCAGGCAGCCCUGAUUCUGGAUAAUUGAGGUGACUAGUUUGUGAAAACAUUAAGAAGAAAUUCUAUUGUUUACAGGUGUUUAUGGGGAUUGGCUACCACAAGUGGGUGUAGCCCAGUAGCAGUCAGGAAAUACCUGUUUUAAUUUACGGAGUUACUCCUUUGUUCUGCACUGGAUUGACAGUGGUCCAGUACCCUAGUCAGAAACUGCCUGUCAGGGAAGUCUGCUUAGGGCAAGCUUGGCUCCGAACCACCACCCUUGUAACGCAGCUGUGGAGCACGUGUGCCCGGCUCAGUCCCACGGACGCCUCAGCUGCUCUGCAGGCUGCACACACCAGGGUGCCUAAGUGUCUUCUCUCUGCAGCCAUUGAGGAGCUGCUUCCUUGUCGUGCCUCUUACUGUAGGCUUAGCUUAGAAUUGAAGACAAGCAGGGCACUUUAGAUAAUAGAGCUUGUGGUACUGGAAACCCAAGUUUUACAUACUCCUUAGACGGAGAGUGGCACAGAUUUACUUGUUCCUCCAAACCCUAGCACAUGAGACCACUGGGUGUUACGUUAUUUUAUCUGUUUUACAACAAACUUGUCUUGCUUGCAUGGAGUUCUGGUUUUUAGAGAUCUAUGCAUAGAGCAGGAUCCCCUAAGGAAAACAGUGAGGUGUUCUCCUGCAGAUAGGUCAUCGAUCAGCACUUUUAAUUACAUUUUCUGAUGUCCACAAGUUCUUCCCUUUUUACAAAUCUUGUACAUGUUGCUAGAUGACAGAUUUCACACAUGAUCAAGUGUCCUUUGCUUUAACCAUAUUCACAUUAGAUGUUAUACUCAAUUGCUUACUAAGAGUGAUACCAGUCAGAAAUAAAUUUUAAAAUUUCCACCCAGGCAUUUGUUUCAGGAAAAGACAAAGUAUUUGCUUUUUAGUAUUUUACAUGGAAUGUAGAAUAUCCCAUUUUGGCUAUCAGAGUAUUACUUAGUUGCCUGUGACAAUUUAAUUUUAAUGUUAAUAUUAUUUUCUCAUUUGGUAUUGCAAACAUCCUUAGGGUUUUCAUCAGAAGAGUAUUCUUUUUUUUUCCCAAGAAAUACAAUUGUAUUUUAGAUUGAUUCAGAGCACAACAGGCUUGCAACAAAUGAAUUAAUGAAAGGAUGCCGGCAGUUCAGAGUAGAUUUGUGAACCUAUUGAUGAGUCUAAAGUCAUCCCCUCUGGGGUUGGAGCUGUUCACAUUUCAGGGUGAAUGUGCUCCCACGCGGGGAGUUGUCCUCUGUGCUGUGGUCUGGUUCACAAGAGAGCUGAAAGCCUCAGGGGGCAGGCCGUAACGGAGAGGAGUUGCUGUAGCGCAUGCUCCGCACUGCUUUUAAUCCAAAAAGGAAUCCUUUUUUUAAAAAAAAUUUCUUUUUAAUUUCUUCUUUGUAUUUUUUUCCAUUACAGAUACCCAUUUGGGGGAUGAAAAGCACUGUAACAGCUAGCAAGGCAACAUGCUACUGCUGUUGAACAAUGACAGCUGUUCAAACUGUACCUGUCAAGGCCAGCAUAAGGCUUGCUAAGUUGAAUAGCCAAUAUUUGUCUUUAAAUUACGGCUUAACAGUAAGAAGCGCUCACGAAAUCAGAACGGGGAGAAUAGCUGUUAAAAGCAGUUUCAAAAUGGAAUAAUGUUGAAUGUUUACAGGGUGCAAUAACCAUUGUAUACACGAAAUAAACAUGUAUUUUUACACUAUCAA